AACAGUUGUUUUCUGAGAUUACGAGAAACACGAUGCUGCGACGCUCUGGUCUACUGCUCGUAUGCGCAAUAUUCUGUUGGCAAAACAGUUUGGCCCAAGAACUCAAUCAAAAUGGGCGGCGUCUGUUGGAGGAGCAAAACUGUGGCACAUUUUCGCGUCUCAAAAUUGUGAAUGGUCACGAGGUGAGGUUGGGCUCAAGGCCAUGGAUGGCUCUGUUGCUGCUCAGCAAUGGCAGGGAGCAGGAAUAUGCCUGCGGUGGUACUUUAAUAAAUGAACGCUUUGUGCUCACUGCUGCUCAUUGUGUCUCAAGAUUUCAGCUUGUAUCAGUGCGAUUGGGAGAACAUCAGCUGUCAACAGAACCCGAUUGCAGAAAUAUUGGCAGAAAAGAGAAGUGCGCACCUCCCGUUGAGGACAUCGAGGUGGAGAAAAUCUUCAAGCAUGAGAAUUACGUGCGCUUAAAUGGCCACAAUGACAUUGCACUAAUUAAACUAUCGCGAGCUGUGGUUUUCAGUCGAACCAUUCGACCCAUUUGCUUGCCCACAACGGAUGUUAAUGUGAAUGAGAACUUCUUGGUUACCGGCUGGGGCAAGACUGAGAAUCAAACACUGUCCGAUGUGCUAAGGGAGGCAAACAUCAAGCUGAGAAAUCCUCGAACUUGUCAACAAUCCUUUCGCAGGGAAAUUGCGCAAUCGCAACUGUGUGUGGGCGACGUUGCCAGAGAUUCGUGCAGGGGAGACUCUGGUGGCCCCUUGUCGUAUCCGGCCGAGUAUCUGUCUGCUCAGCGUUUUGUACAAUUUGGAAUUGUUAGCUAUGGGGCAUUUGAGUGUGGUAGCGGUUAUCCAGGCGUAUAUACAAAGGUCGCUAGCUUUAUACCUUGGAUAACGAAUAUUUUGGGCACAAAUUCUUAACUUUUUAAUUUGCUCAUUUUCAAUAACUUUUAAUUUGUUAACUUUUAAUAAAUGAAUGUAAGUAAAAGUCAAAGGAAAA